GAUACACACCGCAGCCCAAACUGAAAAGGCUCCGAGGACAAGGAGAGCGCUGCAAACUGCAGGAGCCUUGUAGAAGUUUGGUCCGGGGGGGCGCUGCCCACAUCUCAAGAGGGAAGAGGCGUAAGGAAAGAGCGCGGCGAAAGAUCCUGAAAGCACCGCGAAAGCCGGCACACCAAACCAUACUUGAGGGACUCAGCCAGAAGGAUGAGUCAGAGACAGGUCUUGCAAGUCUUUGAGCAAUAUCAAAGAGCCCGAACACAAUUUGUCCAGACAGUUGCAGAACUAGCUACUAGGCCUCAAAAUAUAGAGACUCUCCAGAAUGCAGGUGUAAUGGCUUUGUUGAGACCACUCCUAUUGGAUGUGGUUCCAAAUAUUCAACAGACAGCUGCUUUGGCCCUUGGGAGACUUGCUAAUUACAACGAUGAUCUAGCAGAAGCUGUAGUUAAAGGCGAUAUUCUUCCACAGCUUGUGUAUUCACUGGCUGAACAAAAUCGUUUUUAUAAGAAAGCGGCCGCAUUUGUAUUACGUGCAGUUGGAAAGCAUUCUCCUCAGCUUGCCCAGGCAAUAGUGGAUUGUGGAGCUCUAGAUACACUGGUAAUUUGCUUAGAAGAUUUUGAUCCUGGGGUGAAGGAAGCUGCAUCCUGGGCCCUUGGUUAUAUAGCAAGACAUAAUUCAGAACUGUCACAGGCUGUGGUGGAUGCUGGAGCUAUUCCACUCUUAGUCCUAUGUAUCCAAGAGCCAGAGAUUGCUUUGAGAAGGAUUGCUGCUUCAGCAUUGAGUGAUGUUUCAAAGCAUUCUCCAGAGUUAGCGCAGACGGUCGUUGAUGCUGGGGCCAUUGCUCACUUGGCACAGAUGAUCCUCAAUCCUGAUGCCAAAUUAAAGCGUCAGGUGCUGUCAGCUCUUAGUCAGAUAGCAAAGCACUCUGUGGAUCUGGCAGAAAUGGUGGUUGAAGCAGAAAUUUUUCCUGUUGUACUCACGUGCCUGAAGGAUUCUGAUGAAUAUGUCAAGAAAAAUGCUGCAACUCUAAUUAGAGAGAUAGCAAGACAUACUCCUGAGCUUUCACAACUUAUUGUAAAUGCUGGAGGAGUAGCUGCCAUCAUUGACUGCAUUGGUAGCUGCAAAGGAAAUGUUAGACUCCCAGGUAUUAUGAUGUUGGGCUAUGUAGCUGCUCACUCGGAAAACCUGGCCAUGGCAGUGAUUAUCUCUAAGGGAGUCCCACAGCUAGCUAUCUGCUUGUCAGAAGAGCCAGAAGAUCAUAUUAAGGCUGCAGCUGCUUGGUCAUUGGGACAGAUUGGAAGACAUACUCCAGAACAUGCCCGUGCUGUUGCUGUAGCCAGCGUCUUACCUGUAUUGCUUUCCCUGUAUAUGGCAUCUGAAAGUUCAGAAGAUCUUCAGGUCAAAGCUAAGAAAGCCUUGAAGAACAUUUUACAGAAGUGUACUCAUCUGUCAGCUCUUGAGCCCUUGCUACAUGAUGCUCCUCCCAAUAUCCUGAAACAUAUAGUUGGCCAGUUCAGCAAGGUUUUGCCACAUGAUUCCAAAGCCAGGCGUCUUUUUGUAACAAGUGGUGGUCUUAAAAAAGUUCAGGAGAUAAAAGCAGAAGCUGGCUCACUACUUCAAGAGUAUAUCAAUACAAUUAAUAAUUGUUAUCCAGAAGAAAUAGUCAGAUAUUACUCCCCUGGAUAUUCUGAAGCACUUUUGGAAAGGGUAGAAAAUUAUCACCCAGUUCUAUAAAUUUUUCAUCUCUAUAAGAAAGAGAGGAAGCAAACCCUCUUUUUCUUAUCUUUGUUUUGAGUGGCAAGCAAAUAUAGUUUGGCCAAGACUGGUGUGGGAAAUAUUUAACCUUCUGUUAUGUUAGCAAUCAAUUAUGACAACAGGAAGACAUACCCUUUCCACCUUUGAUCUACAGUUGACUUCUGGAACUCAUGCUAAGAACAAAGACUGUCAUAUGCCUAUUUUAAGAGAACUGUGUUUCUCACUACCUUUUUAAGUCCCAAGUACAGGGAGGCCAGGUCUCUUUCUGAAUGCACCUGAAAUUUGCUAAACAGCUUGUACCAUCAAAUUCUUCUUUGAAGGAGAAUUACAACAUUAUCCAGUAAGCACCAGAGUUGUACGAUUGUUACUCUUUUUGCUAAGGCUUGUGGUUCAGUCUAAGCAGAAAUUACCUAUUAUUCUUGUACUUCCACUUUCUGGAUUAUCUCACCACUAUUGUCUGUCUCCUGGUACUUGCAGUAAACUAAUGAAUGUUUGACCUUUUAAGAACCAA